GGCUAGAUGGCUUCGUUUAUGCGUCCUGGCUGGCAGUUCGCUCUAUUUUGCUCUUCGUGAUCUUUAUUUCGUACACCAGUGAGAGUGCUGGAAGACUUCUGUUUCAGAGAUUGUUUUUCUUCUAUCCUCUUUGCACAAAGAUGAUGGGGGUUUUAGUAGAAGUCAGGUAUAUCGAGAACAGCAGAUUUUUGCCAUUCUCUUUACUGGGAUAAAUAUCUGAGAUACGAAGGGAUCACAUAUUAGGGAGAUUGGCAAGAGGAGAGGUUUUGCACUUGAAUCAAGCCCAUUUGCACAUUGAUUAGUGGUCAGCCGUGUUUCAAGUGUUGUACUUUUGCUCUACGGUUCCAUGAUUGUUUUCUUGAGCAUAUAUCAUAUCAAAGUCAUUAAGAAAUACUUAGAUGAUUAGUUUACUAAAGAGCUUCAGUGCUUCACACAUUGAUUUUAGAACAAAAAAGGAAAGCUACAAUGAUUUGAUUAAAUGUAAACCUGUACAAAAUGAGGAACUACUAGGCAUCUCUUGGGAAAGGAUGUCAAAUAUUUCAAGUCCUGAAAGUUUACCUUGAGAGUUUCAGCUACAUCUUUUUUGUACUUAUAAUUGAAUCCUGUGACAAUUAGCUCCCUAACUUCAAGAAGUAUGCAAUUGAUCGUGUCACACUUGUGUUAAUGACCCUGAUAUCUCUGUUCUUCGGGAUAUGGUAUCUUCCCGUUUUCUCUCUGACAGUCUGUUGUUGGAGGUGCUUUUGAACAAAAAGGAUAAGAUUAAAAUAAGCUACAGGGUGAUACACGAAAAUUGUGUUUUAAUUUACCGAUAAUGGCAUUAGUAAGUGCUGAGUUUCCCGCGCGUUUAAAGAACCCCGCCCACGGAAUGCCUCUGCCUUCCUCCCGAUGCUGAUACCCUGGAGGAUGAAAGCAGAGAUGGGCUGGAGAAAUGCGGAGGCAGGAGAUCGGCGCUGGACGAAAAGCGACAUCUCGGUGGCGCCCGUGCCCUGUAUGGAGCAAGGCAGGGCGGGCAGCGCUGGGCAGCGCUCGGUGCCUGCAGUGCCGGGAGGAGGCUGCGGGCGCCGCUGUUGACCGAGAGGAGCGAGAGGAAGCUCGGAGCGCUACCGGCAGCCCCGCCCGCUGCGGAUCGGAUCACUCGGACGCUCGCUCCCUGCCCGAACCUGCGAUCCCCGAUCGUCCCCGCGGUGCUGGUCCAUUCUGGAGCCAGGCGGAGGCACCGGCAGCUGCGCACGGUGCAGGAGCUGAGAGCAUUGAGUGGCAGCGGGAUUGGAUCGGCGGUGCUGCGGUGCCGGCGAUUCCGCGGCCGAGAUGUGCGCGGCGGGGAGGCGCUGGGGCCGGCGGCAGCGAGCUCUGCUCUGGGCCGUGCUGCUGGCGGCCUGGGAGGCGGCGUGGGGGCAGCUGCGCUACUCGGUGCCCGAGGAGAUGCCCAAGGGCUCCUUCGUGGGCGACGUGGCCAAGGACCUGGGGCUGCAGCUGACGGAGAUCCGAGACAGCGGUGUCAGCAUUGUCUCUGAAGGUCGGACGCAGUAUUUCGCUUUGAACAGGAAGACGGGACAUUUAGUGACGGCAGAGAGGAUCGACAGAGAGCAGCUGUGCGAGAGUGUGCAGCAAUGUGUACUGCGCUGUGAACUGAUAGUGGAGGGACAGAUGCAGGUUUAUGGGAUCCAAGUGGAAAUCACGGACAUUAACGACAACGCGCCCAGCUUCAGAGAGCCACAAACAGAGCUGAGAAUGAGCGAGAUGACAGCGCCGGGGUCGCGGUUUCCCCUGGCUGAGGCUCACGAUCCGGACUCUGGCCGGAAUGCCCUGCAGAGCUACGAGCUGAGCGGUGACGAGCACUUCUCGCUGGCCGUGCAGGCGGGCCCCGGCGGCGAUCAGCGUCCCGAGCUGGUGCUGGCGAAGGCGCUGGACCGGGAGGAGGCGGCGUUUCACGAGCUGCUGCUGAGGGCGAGCGACGGCGGCGAUCCGGCACGGACGGGCACGGCUCGGAUCCGCGUGACGGUGCUGGACGUAAACGACAACGCGCCCGUGUUCAGCCAGGCGGAGUACACGGUGCGUGUGCCCGAGGACGUGCCCGUGGGCUCUAUUCUGGUCACUGUCACGGCUACGGACGCUGACGAGGGGUCGUACGGAAACUUGAAAUAUUCGAUUCAGAAAAUUACUGAGAAAGCCUCACAGAUUUUCCAGCUGGAUGGUGACACGGGAGCGAUCACCCUGUUGCAGAGCCUGGACUUCGAGGAAGACAAUUCCUAUGAACUAGGUGUGCAGGCACAUGACGAGGGAGCUCUUUUUGACACGACAAAAGUCGUGGUCACUGUGACAGACGUCAACGACAAUGUGCCGGAGAUUUCGAUGCGGUCGGCACUGAGAGAGAUCUCGGAAGACGCCCCCUCGGGAACUGUGGUAGCCCUGCUGCACGUGAGGGACAGAGACUCGGGGGCUAAUGGCGAGGUGCGCUGCUCACUCGCCGAGGGCGUCCCGUUCCGGCUGGAGAAAUUCUUUUGAUGACUACUACCGCGUGGUGACAGCGAGAGAGCUGGACCGAGAGCAGGUGUCGGAGUACAACGUGACGGUGCGGGCGGCCGACGGCGGGUCGCCGGCGCUGCAGAGCAGCGCGGUGCUGGCGCUGCGGGU